UGUCUCUAGAUACUGUGUGUUCGUUGAGACAGUGAAUGGCAUCGGUUCUCUGCAAACCGUUUUUUUUAGUGCUCAUUUGAGGGUUAGCUCAUCGGACUGUGAGCACCCAACUUUUUUGUUUAUUUAAUGGACACACUGCUCCUUAGUGUAAUGGUUUUUACUAUGAGGAAGUGUCAUCGUAGUUAACGUAUGCGCCCAUUUAUUUAUACAUACAUGUUGGUUGACGGGUUUUCCGAAUGAGUCUUCCUCAAUCAAGACAACACUUGCUGAAAGUUUUAUUGGACCCUCAGAUUGAGCAACCGAGUGGUUUAGAGGUCAGAAUGAAGAAACGUACUUAGACAGCUACCAACUCCAUUAAAAGUUCUGCCGCCGCUCACUGCUUCAAACUUCCAAGGUAGUAGGAAGUUCAAACUACCUCAACAGCAUACCAAUAUGGCGGAAAGAAAUGCGGAAGAGUUGGCGCGGGACGACCAAGACUCCACGCCGGGAAAGAUCAGAUACCCACGAGCCGUAUUUUUAAUAAUCGUCAACGAGUUUUGUGAACGGUUUUCAUUCUACGCUUUGCGGACGGUGCUCGUACUCUUUCUCAAAGACAAGCUGUUCCUCACCGAGGACGAUGCGACCAUCGUGUUCCACGCAUUUAACAUGACGUGCUACCUUUUCCCUAUCGUCGGCGGCAUCAUCUCGGACUCCUGGCUUGGAAAAUUUAGAACGAUCCUGUACCUCUCACUCCUGUACGCCGUUGGGAAUGUAGUGGUGGCUCUGGCCUCGUGGAGGGCUCUCGGACUGCCUGGACUGCCCGUGACGUGUGCCGGGCUGCUGCUCAUCGCCAUGGGCACGGGCGGCAUCAAGCCGUGCGUGUCCUCGUUCGGCGGCGACCAGUUCACGCUGCCGCAGCAGCGCCGCCAGCUGGAGCAGUUCUUCAGCGUCUUCUACUUCAUCAUCAACGCGGGCGGCACUCUGGCUAUCCUGGCCACGCCUGAGGUGCGCGCGCUGCCCUGUCUCGGCGAGGACACGUGCUACCCGCUCGCGUUCGGCAUGCCCGCCCUGCUCAUGGUCUUCUUUUGCGGUGUGUUCGUUGCUGGGAAGCGUUUGUACGUCACCAAAGAUCUUGAAGGAAAUAUACUCGUGCAAGUCAGCAAGUGCAUUGCGAGCGGGCUGUGGCGGCGCUUCCGCCGGGGGGCGCCGCGCGAGGCUGGCGAGGCCAAGGACGCGCACUGGCUGGACGCGGUGGCGCCGCGCUACGGCGAGGCCCUGGUGGCGGACGUCAAGGUGCUGCUGCGGCUGCUGGUCCUCGCCGUGCCGCUGCCCGUCUUCUGGGCCCUCUUCGACAUGCAGGGGUCGCGGUGGACGUUCCAGGCGCGGCAGCUGGACGGCGCGGUGGGCGGCUGGCGGCUGCAGCCCGACCAGAUGCAGCUGUCGGGCGGGCUGCUGGUGCUGCUGCUGCUGCCCUGCUUCGAGGCGUGGCUGCACCCGUUCCUGGCGCGCUGGCGCGUCCUGGCCACGCCGCUGCAGCGCAUGAGUGUGGGCGGACUCAUGGCGGCCGCGGCCUUCCUGUGCGCCGCCGUGCUGCAGCUCAACGUGGACCGCCAGGCGGACGCGGCGGGGAGCUUCGGCCAGGUUCACAUCUUGUGGCAGCUGCCUCAGUACCUCUUCAUUGCACUCGCUGACAUUUGGUUCGCCAUCGCCGUACUGGAGUUCGGAUACAAAGAGGUAUACACGUAUAGCACUGAAAAUUAA